GCAACUAUGCGUUGAAUAAAAAUUUAUCAACUGCGAAAUACCUUAUUGUGAAGGUUAAUGUCGAAUGUGGGCGAGAAAUAAAAAUUUUAGUAAAUGGCUGUAAUUUGAUUAUCGAUAAUAUGCCUUGAAUAACAGAGUAUUUAGAAAUGAUAGUACCGAUAUUAAGUUAUGUGUCCCAGUGCUAUGAAAAAGCUGUCUAGUGCCUAGAAAGAGAAUUUUAAAAUGAAAUACACAUUUUUCAUUUUUUUAAACCUCGGCGUAGUGGUUUCGCAAAACUGUCAAGAAUAUGGGAAGAUGUGCAAUGACGAUAAGGCGUGCUGUGGCGGGUGCUGUAUAUUGGUUUAUGCUGAUUGCCGGGUACAUUCCAGUGCGUGUUCAAAUUUUCCUUGUCCUGCAGGUCAAGACUGUUAUCUUUAUCAACCAGACUACUGUGAAGGGUGUGCAUCGUAUCCACAAUGCAAAGAAUCUCCACAAGCACCUUUUGAAAUAACCGCAGUUCCUAGCUUCUUUUCAGAAAAUGCUGCAGGAAAUAACCAGCUUUAUCCAUUUUUGUAUAGUUUAUCAUAUUUAAUAUUGUGUAUUACAAUUUUAUGAAGAAUAUUGUUUUUUUUUCAAAAGCUUUUUUAAAAAAUCGCUAGCCUCGAAUUCAAUUCUGAUACUUUAAUUUAGUAUGUAUUUGUUUGCUCCAGAACAGAUGGUGCAUAUUUUAAAUUUUUUUACUUGUAGUGUGUCAAUAAUAUGGGUUAUUAGAAUAUUGAAUAUUUUUAUUAAUAACUUAAAACAAAAAUGUUGCAGUUGAAGGUGAACGUUGAUAAUUUAUUUCGUCACUUC